AUGUUACAAGAAGCUGAUAAGAUCAAAGCACGUGCACACAUAACACCUGAAGAUGUUGUUAAAGGAAAUCCGAGACUAAACUUUGCUUUUGUAGCAAAUCUGUUUAAUACGUAUCCCGCUUUGGAUCUACCAACUGAACAAGUACCCGAACCGGGUGUUGUGAUCGAAGAAACUCGAGAAGAGAAAACUUAUCGAAAUUUUAUUAAUAGUCUAGGUCUCGAACCACAUGUGAACUAUCUCUAUUCCGAUCUAUGUGAUGGAUUGAUUAUUCUUCAGCUUUAUGAUAUUAUUCGUCCGACUACAGUCGAUUGGUCAAAAAUUUACAAAACAUUCAAUGCAAUAAAAGAGCGCUUUCAAAAGCUGAGUAAUUGCAACUUUGCUGUUGAUUAUGCAAAAGAACCGCUUCGAUUCAAGAUGACUGGCAUUGGCGGAGCAGAUAUACUUGAAGGAAAUAAAACGUUAACACUGGGUCUUGUUUGGCAAAUAAUGCGUGCGUACACUUUGUCAAUAUUACAAAAACUAGCUAAGUCUUCAACGCCCAUCGCGGACAAAGAUAUAAUCAAUUGGGCUAAUGAAAAGUUAAAAUCUGCGAACAAAACGACAUUUCUAACCAAUUUUCAAGAUCAAUCAUUGAGCGACUCGAUGCUAAUCUGCGAUCUAAUCGAUGCCAUUAAACCUGGAUCUAUACAAUACAAUCUUCUCAAAACAUCGGGCACACCUGAAGCGAAGAUGGAUAAUGCAUUGUAUGCGAUUUCCAUGGCACGCAAAAUAGGAGCACGUGUUUAUGCCUUACCGGACGAUAUUGUCGAAGCAAAACAGAAGAUGCUUUUAACAGUUUUUGCUUGUCUCAUGGCCAGUGAUAUGAAUGUAGGAAAAAAUUAA